CAGACAGGACGGAGCGCGAGAGCACAGCCGAGCGAUUUCAGCACCAGCGCGCCUGGACAGCGACACGUAGCCACUAAACAAUAACAGACUUGAACUCGACCCUGCAAAGAUGGUUCUCAUCUGGACUCAGUUCGGUGUGAAGCACAAAAAUGUCAAUGUGAAGUGCAAGGUGCGGGUUAUGCACCGAGGUGACAGCUCCGGAUCUUCUUCUUCAGCGGAAGGGACCCGGUCAGAGCAGGACACACCCUGCCUCUCUAUCAAACCAACAGGCAAAGACUUCUACAAAGUCCUGGGCGUCUCUCCUGACUCCAACGAAGAUGAGAUCAAGAAGGCCUACAGGAAAAUGGCGCUCAAGUUCCACCCGGACAAGAACAGCGACGCCGACGCCGAGGACAAGUUCAAGGAGAUCGCAGAGGCCUACGAGAUCCUGACCGACCCUAAGAAGAGAAGCAUCUACGACCAGUUUGGGGAAGAAGGCCUUAAAAACGGGAUGUCAAUGGCGAACCAAGGCAGUGUGUUCCGCAGCAACUUCCACGGCGACCCCCACGCCACCUUCUCCUCCUUCUUCCACAGCUCCGACCACUUCGACAUCUACUUUGGCUCUGAUGCCGACAGCGAAGACGACCUCUUCAACCCCUUCAGGCACUUCACCUUCAGCCACGUGGGCGGCUACGCCGGCCAUGAGGGCGGGCUGAGAAGAGGCCAGCGGCGGCUGCAGGGCAAAGAGGUCGUCCACGACCUUCUGGUGACGCUUGAAGAGGUGAUGCAAGGAUGCACCAAGCACAUGAAGAUCACCCGGCGCCGUCUCAACGCCGACGGGCUCAGCACACGAUCCGAAGACAAGGUGCUGAAUGUGGUGGUGAAGAAAGGGUGGAAGGCUGGGACCAGGAUCACCUUCCCGAGGGAGGGAGACGAGACGCCAAACAGCACCCCAGCUGAUAUCACGUUCAUCCUCAGGGACAAGGAGCACAGCCAGUACAAGAGGCAGGGCUCCAACAUCGUCUACACAGCAAAGAUCACCCUAAAAGAGGCUCUCUGCGGCUGCACAGUCAACGUCCCGACAAUUGAUAACCGCAUGAUGCCUCUCCCAUGCAGCGACGUGAUCAAACCCGGUGCCGUGCGGCGGCUCAGGGGCGAAGGCCUCCCCCUGCCCAAGAGCCCGUCCCAGCGAGGCGACUUGGUGGUGGAGUUCCAGGUGCUCUUCCCCGACAGGAUCCCACCACAGUCCCGCGAGAUCAUCAAGCACAGCCUGGGCCAAUGCUUGCCCACCUCAUCUACCGACGCAGCCUAAACAUGCGUGUAUGUUGCUAUCGAUUCACAAACAGAGCCUUGCCCGAGGUGCUAAAAAUCACAACCACUCACAACCUCUUAUUGUGUUUGGAAAAGGCAAGCAGCACUUUAGUGAGUUGUAGAUGACUCUCUGCAGGCACGAUGCACAACAACUACGAUGCCGAAUGAGAGCAGAGAGGGCAGGACUGAUGAAUGGGGUCUUUGGUAUCUGAGGGCAUCCAUUGACUCUACAGCCUUUCACUUGAAUGAAAAGCAAAUCUGUACUGUUAUACUUGCAAAACUUUAGCAGGAUAUCAGUGUGCUAUUCAAGUCUGUAAAGACUUCCUUUAACCUGAGUGGUAGAAAAAAAAAUAGUAGAAAUAAAUCUUUUAUAUCAUAGUUAUAUGGUGCUCAUAUGACUGAUCUUUUGCAUUGAUUUAUUACAAUAGCAAAAAAGUACUUGUGUGCAAAGAGCUACUUUGUGUACAAAAAGCAAACAAAUUGUCUCUAAGAGAGAUUCAGCUGUCAAAUGUUCUAUUGAAUUAUUUGAAAUGUUUGUAAAUAUUCAGCAGCAUUGAUGUAUGAUAAUGAUUAUUACCUGA